AUGCUAACGUACGAGGAACAACUUUCACCGGAACCAUUAUCUGAAAGUUCCGUAAUAGUCCUGCAGCCAGAAUGGAGUGAUAUUUGCCGAACAUGUUUGAAGUCUAGUGAAACGCAAUCACUCUUCGAAAUGGACAACGAAUCGCGGAUGUGCUGUUCCGACAUGAUAAUGCAGUGCGCGAAUGUGAUCAUCCAUGCGGACGAUAAUCUACCUAAUCGAAUUUGUUUAACAUGCAUAGAAGAGCUUCGGCUAGCGUUCCAGUUCCGAAAAAAAUGCAUCAGCUCCCACUUGGUUCUGCAGUCGUACCUUUCCAGCAACCGUGUGGAUGAAAAGUCCACCGAUGUACCAUUGUCAGUGUCACGCCAGUCGGAUCUACAAGAAGAGAUAGACAUUGCCAUACCUCUUGAUUCUUGCUUUCUGUACAUGUACAAACCGCCUUCCGAUAUGAAGUUGGAGCUAGCUGGUCAGAUAGACGAAGCAGAAGAUGUAGAAGUUGAGAGGAAAGAUUUUCAUAUUACCGAAACCGUUGAAACGGAGAUUCGCGAUCCCCAGCAUCACCGAGACGCGAAUAUGAUUAAGCCAAAACCUGAGAGUAAAUUGAUAAGCGAUUCUAGCCAAAACUCGAAUAUGGAUGGAGGCAUCCACCUUAUGAUAGAACCGUGUAACGAGGUAAAAAAUGAGAUUAUAGAGUAUUAUUCUGAACAAAUGAACGAGUCCGAUAACGCGAUCACCAUGACUAAUGAAAUGGAUCAAAUAUCGUAUACACAUGAAUCUGAAAAUGUCAAUGAUGGGGAAACCAUCCUUAUAUCCUGUACUGCUCGGGAAUCCGAUACCGAAGAAUUGUUCCCUGAACCCGAACAAAGAGAUUGUACGCAACCGAAUGGUGUACGAACUCUGCGAAGCAUUCGCAAAAGGGACAAAUUACAUGAUGUGAAACCAACGAUCGAAACGAUUACGACGCAGCCGGCUAUAGAUGGUGAUGGGCUCGAAACGAUCAUACGCAUAAAACGCAAUCGAACCACUGCAAAGCAAGUCCAUGCCUGCACGAUCUGCAAUACCACGUACAAGUACAAACACAUCCUGCAGACACAUUUGCGCCGGCAUCGAGGUGAGCGGCCGCACAAAUGUGAAUAUUGUGAAAAAUCGUUCGUCGUGCCGUUUGAACUGCAGCGUCACAUGCGUAUUCACACUGGGCAAAAACCAUAUACGUGCCAGUUCUGCGAUCGAUCGUACUCUGAUUUCAGCAGCAAAACUAAGCAUGAACGUACACAUACUGGUGAACGACCGUAUAAGUGCAAAUACUGCUGCAAAACAUUUGCAUAUUCCCACGUCCUCAAUAAUCACAUGCAUAUUCACACCGGAGAGAAAAAGUACAGUUGUUUGGUUUGCGGAAAGCGCUUCACCAAAUCGCACCACUUGAAGAUACACGGCAAAACACAUCCCACCGAUCAAGUGAAUGUACGAUCAAGCGGCGAACAAAACCCUGAAAAUUUCACUAACAAGAGACGCACAUUAGCGGAAUUGACGGAUAUACUUGAAGAUUCACUAAUCGCGUCCAACGACGAAUCGACAUUGGAGAAGAAUUUAGUAUCGCAACGAUUGGGACACGAUUCCCUUGACGAUAGCUAUGAUGACAAUGGGUCACGCUUAGUCGCUACGGGAUGGACGCUGGCCGAUGAUCCGGCUCGAAUCGAAAACGGAACCACCAAUAUUGGAUCGUCUCAAGACGAUCAACCGAUGGCCAGCACGUCUGUGGUCACGCUAGAACAGGAAGAGCUGGAAAAUGUUUCGAUCGUAAGCUUUAGCGAUUAUAUGAUGAAAACUGAAGGCCUCGAAGGGAUUAUGACGGAUGAGACAGCGAUGACGGUUUUACUGCCCAAAGUUGUCGAUUCGGUACAUCAGACCUUUAAUACGAUACAAAUUAUCGACGAUUGA